AUGGCUAUGUUUCGCCGCAGGCCCCACGCUACAGGCGCCUUACUGGCUGCUGUUCUUCUGAUAUCCAGUGUGGACUUUCACGGCACUUCCAACACCACCGACUGUCCAUGUGAGGUCUUACCAUUUGGGGACGCAACCUGCGAAAAUGCCUUUCAGGCACCUCCAUGCCUCCUUUCCAAGAACGUCGACUUGCUGCUACUGGAACUACCUACUGUUACAGAACUGACCUCUUCCGUGUUGGCCAGUGUACCAAGCCUGCUCUGGCUCCACCUUAUCGCCCUUUCUCUGACCACCAUCAGGUCGUCCGCCUUUGCCAACAACCCGCUACUGAGUGACCUCAUCUUGGAGGUACCGAAUGUGACCACUUUGGAGCCUGGAACCUUCCGAUCACUGCCCAAACUCAAGCGUCUACACACGGAGAGUACCGUCCAGAGCCUGGAAGAGGACGAGUUUGAGCUGUGCCCGGAACUGAGUAGUGUGGAGAUCGCCGCCAGUCUCCAGGAGCUGCGGCCUGGAACGUUCAGACACAACAAUGAGCUCAGCAACCUGCGACUCGCCAACAACAACUUGACCCACUUGCCGGAUGGUCUGCUCUCCCACAACCCAAAAGUGGGUUACAUAGACCUCGCCAACAACGGCAUAAGGACCAUCUCGGCUGGGGCGUUCAGGAACGCUUCGAAUCUCCACAACUUAAUUCUUUCUCGGAACAACCUGACAACUCUAGAGGAGGGAACACUGGAUGAUGCGGUGCCACUCAUAUAUUUCCACGCUUCGCAGAAUCAACUCACAUCCCUGCCCGCAACAAUCUUUGCCAGAACUGUGUCACUGAUUGAAAUCAAUCUCAGCUUUAACAACCUGACAUCUCUUCCAAAGGACAUAUUUGCCGCUACUACUGAUCUGGGGAUACUGAGCCUGAACCACAACAAGCUGGAGUCCUUGGAACCAGGGUUGUUCCAGAACAUCCCCCAGCUCAUCAUGCUACAUCUGAAUGGGAACGCCAUCAAGACCCUCUCGGCAGACGCGUUCACCGGUUUGCAGCGGUUACGCUACCUGUACAUGUCCGACAACCAGCUGACUUCGCUGGCUGCUGAUGUCUUCAAGCCAACUCCUGCGCUGGAUACCCUGGUUCUGAAAGGGAACCUCCUCCAACACCUGCCAGAGGAGAUGCUGGGCAACUGCUUCCAGUUGGACUGUCUGUAUUUGGACCACAAUCAGCUCAAGAGCCUUCCAGGGCGACUCUUCACCAACAAUACUGAGCUCUGUGUUGUCUCACUCGAAGGCAACUGUCUUAGCAGACUGCCACCCGAGCUGUUUGCCGGGGCGCCAUCACUGAAACUUCUGCGCUUGGGACGUAACCCAUGGGACUGCACCAACUGCAGUGUUGCUGCGAUGGCGGCCUGGCUGACAUCACAGCACAUCAACAUCGGCGAUGUCGCACCGCAGUGCUCAGGACCUGGACCACAGGCUGGGAAGGACAUUCGUGAGGCGACGGCUGCUCACUGUCCAAAGGACAGCGGCCAGUUUCAUCGAGGGCCUCACGUCCCAGGAAUCAUAGUGGCAUCAGUCCUUCUGAUAUUCAGUGUUGAGGUUUGUGGCGAUUCCAAUACCACCGACUGUCCAUGUGAUGUCUCCACACUGACAUCCUGCUAUGAAGUCUCUCAAGCACCUCCAUGCCUCCUGUCUAAGAACGUCUCGUUCUUCAUAAUUGAUCUUCCAACCAUCACCCAUCUGACUGCUCCCGUGUUGGAGAAUGUGCCGAGCGUGCAGAAACUCUACAUUACGUCCUCUUCCUUGACAACCAUCGGAUCGUCCGCCUUCGCCAACAACCCAUUAGUGUACGAACUCAGAAUGAGUAUACCGAGCGUGACCACUUUGGAGUCGGGAGUCUUCCGAUUAUUGCCCAAACUCCAGUACCUGUACAUGACGAGUGCCAUCCAGAGUCUGGACGAGAACCAGUUCGAGCUGUGCCCAGACCUGAGAACAGUGGUCAUCAACGCCAGGAUCCAGGAAAUAUGGCCAGGAACUUUCAGACAGAACAAGGCACUCAGUUUCCUGAGCCUCUACAACAACAACUUCACGCACUUGCCAAAUGGUCUGCUCGCUGGCAACCCAGAAUUGCGCCACUUGUUCCUCAAUAACAAUGCGAUACGGACCAUUUCUGGUGGGGCGUUCAGGAACGCUUCGAAACUCCAGGAGCUGAUGCUGUCUCGAAACCACCUGAGAGAGCUGGAACAGGGAACGUUGGACGACGCGGAGCUGCUCACCGAUUUCGACGCUUCGGAGAACGAAAUCACAUCUCUGCCCUCGACGAUCUUUGCCAAAACUGUGUCGCUGAGAAAAAUUGAUCUCCACUCGAACAACCUGACGUCUCUUCCAAAGGACAUAUUUGCAACUACUACCAAUCUCGUGGAUACAAUUCGUGUUGAAACAGUUCCAGCACUUUAA